ACGUAGCUGCUGAGCUAGCUAACAUGAAGCUGAUGAAAGUCUGAAUAACGUUACAAAGCCUCCCGGACCUUAUGAAACAACAUUUAUGGGUUACCUCUCGGCAGUGCAUAUUUCCACUCGCUUGUCGUUUACUUAAAUAGCUCUUAGAGGUGUUUUAGGUAUCACAUCGCGGGACACGGAAGGAUUAAAAUGUUUUCACUGAUCUGUUAGGCUGUUAGCCAGCCUUAUAAUGUUAGCUAACCGGCUUCUUUUGCUGCUCAGCUGGUAAAGAGAUUGUUUUGCGCAUCAUCCCAUCAUCAUGUGACAAGAUGUCUAUGCCAUGACUAGCGGAUACUCUGGACCAAUUGCAUUGGAAGAACUCGAAUACUCAUGGAGUUAACGUUUAAUUAUACUUCUGAUAUGACAUGUGAGCAACAGUGACAAUAAUGGACCAAGCAACAAACAGCCAGUGGUGAUCUGAAGAGCUGUCGAACAACUGAGAACUCCUCGCUAGCAGGACCUCAUCAUUGUCAUCCUCAUUCCUCUACUCGAGGUGCAUCUCGAGACAAUCGGCCAUUUGGUACCCCGGCAUCUUUCUCCUGCCUCACUAUGUCUCUGCCCAAAGACAUGGGAGAGCGGGGCAAGGACAGAGAGCGUGGUGCCCGACCCAAGGUCCGGCAGAGUCGCUCCGAAGAGAGGAGGGAAGCGGGCGGGGACCGGAAGGGCGGACGACGCAAGAAGAAAGGCUUGCCCUCGCAAGGCAUGGUCAUGGAGAGACCGGUCAGUGACGGAUUCGAGUACGGCGACCAGCUGGGCAGCCUGGUGAGAGAGGGCGGCUCCUCGUCGCCGGCACGGGAGCGGCGGAGGUGGCCGGGCUUAGGGGGCGACAGGAACACGGCGAGGCUGGCGCAGGCUGGCGCGUACGGGGCGUCCCUCUCCGAGCUGCCCACCCAGGAGGCCGAGGGAAAGGCAGCAGCGAGCGGCGGUGGCAGCGGCAGCGGCAGCAGCAACAGCAGCAACAGUGGCAGCCGCACCCUCCGGCAGAAGAUCCAGGACGCGGUGGGCCAGUGCUUCCCGAUCAAGAGCCACAGCGCCGUGUCCUCCUCCGCUCACAUCUUCUCCGCCUCCUCGCCCGUCGGUUCAUCUUCCUCCACGUCCUCCUCGUCCUCUUCGUCGUCGUCCGCCUCCUCCUCGUCGUCGCUGUCGGCGUCCUCGCGCCGCAAGAUCCACCUGAGCGAGCUGAUGCUGGACAGCUGCCCUUUCCCCGCCGGCUCGGAGCUGGCGCAGAAGUGGUACCUCAUCAAGCAGCACACGGCGCCCAUCUCCCAGCCGCCGCUCCUGGAGGCCUCGUCUCUGGGCGGCUCGGCGGAGCUGGUCGCGGGCUCCGGUGGUGCCGCUGCCGCUUCAGCCGCCGCCGGUUCGGGCGCCAGCAGCGCGGUAGAGGACGAAGACGACCUCCUCCGCGAGCGCCGGCGGAUCAGCAUCGAGCAAGGCGUGGAGCCGCCGCCCAACGCACAGAUCCACACGUUCGAGGUGACGGCCGAGAUCAACCCGCUAUACAAGCUGGGGCCCAAGCUGGCCCACGGCAUGAACGAGCUGGCUGGUGACGAGCGAGCCACCCUGCAACAACAACAACAACAACAGCAGCAACAACAACAACAACAACAGCAGCAGCAACAGCAACAACAACAGCAACAACAACAGCAGCAGCAGCAGCAGCAACAGCUCCUGCUACAGAGACAGCAUCAGCAGCACCAGCUGCUCCUCCAGAGCUGCCUGGACACACUGGACGAAGUGGCCGCCUCCUCUUCCUCCUCCUCUUCCGUGGCUGUGCCUGCCUCUUCCUGCCCCUCCUCCUCCUCCUCCGCUGCUGCUGCUGCCGCUGUCCUGGGAGCCUCGUCCGCCGACCUCGCCUCCGUCUCCGAAUCUUCUCCCUCCUCCCUGCGGGCCGGCGGCUCACUGCUGACCUCGGGCGACGGCGACCCGGCCAAGCCCAAGGAGCGCUUCCGCGUCCACACGCAGAUCGACUACAUCCACUGCCUGGUGCCCGACCUGCUGCAGAUCACCAACCUGCCGUGCUACUGGGGCGUGAUGGACCGCUACCAGGCCGAGGCGCUGCUGGAGGGCAAGCCCGAGGGCACCUUCCUGCUGCGCGACUCGGCCCAGGAGGACUACCUGUUCUCCGUCAGCUUCCGGCGCUACGGCCGCUCGCUGCACGCGCGCAUCGAGCAGUGGAACCACAACUUCAGCUUCGACGUGCACGACCCCAGCGUCUUCCACGCGCCCACCGUCACCGGCCUGCUCGAGCACUACAAGGACCCCAACUCGUGCAUGUUCUUCGAGCCGCUGCUGUCCACGCCCGUGCACCGCACGCAGCCCUUCAGCCUGCAGCACGUCUGCCGCGCCGUGGUCAGCAACCACACCACCUACGACGGCAUCGGCGCGCUGCCCAUCCCCAACGCGCUCAAGGAGCACCUCAAGGAGUACCACUACAAGCAGCGGGUGCGCGUGCGCAGGCUGGACACGUGGUGGGAGUAGAGGGUGUGUGUGUGUGGGGGGGUGCGACUCACAAUUACAACCCCCCUGCCCCUCACGUUAACUGACCCCCCUGCCCCUGCUCCUGCCCCCCACACCUCCAAGACACCCUCUCACACUCCUCAAACUACCAAUCCUCACCCUGAUACCUUAUUUCCCUCCUUAAGCACACCCAUGGGAAAACAAAUCACAGUGGCUAUCUAUCCAUUGUAAGCCUUAAGUUGCCAAAUUAAUGUAUUCUGCAGUGCUUUUUGGGGACAAUGCUUCCAUGUUUUUGUUUUGACCACAGGCUGCUCCUCCCUGUCAGUGUCUGUGCUGUGGUAAUAGCCAUGAAUGUACAAGUACCUGUGCUUUUGGACUUGGUGGUAGCGCAGGUCUCCUCAUAUCCUUCUUUUACGUAAAAAGGCCGAAUGUAUCUCGCGCUGCGGAGCGGACCCUGAACGCUUUUGAAUCUAUCUGUGGAGAUGGAAGCUUUUGCGAUUGCACUGCAGAUAAGGAGAGGAGUCCUCUCUGGCCUGCAGUCGAGAAUAACACUAAAUAGUCGAAUGAAUAUUCCCCUUAUGGCCUAGCCUGUGGUGUUUCAAUAUGCCACAUUUUUAAACUGAAGACAUUUCAUUUGUGUAAACAAGUUGCUGCAGAAUCACGCCUCCCCCCACGAGGUCCCCACUCUUCCACUCCACUUCACGGACCAGAGAUGAUUGUCGCCUCGUGUGGCAUGAGAACAUAUUCCGAGAGCAAAAUCAGUGGGGGCAUUUCAGACACUCCGCAGUCAUGCCCUGGUGAGCAGGGGAGACAUUUGUGAACAUUACAUUAAGGUUUUUUUUCUUCUUCUUCUUUUUUUUCCCCUUCUUCUUCUAUUGAUGUCCUCCGGUCCACAUUCUGAAUGCCCAAUGUUCACUUUCUCCAGACAUUCUGCUGCGGGUGUCCAUGGGAAACCACUUAAUGAAAUGGGGCCAAUCAAUGAUGGGACUGAGCCUCAUCCUGUGAAUGUACGACACUUAAAAGUCCCCCCCCCCCCACCACCACCACCCCCACACCACUCUACACACACCCUCACACCAGGCUCUCUCUCCCCGUCAUACUCAAUUAGCCCCGCGUAGAGUUGAAUAACGGCACAGCUCUUAUACCAGUCUACAAUGGUGCCAAGGCUGGUGUAAAUCGGAGUUAUGACUUCUUCAGUGGCGUCACAGGGACAGAGGCUAGCUUACCAUCGUCCUUUAAAAAAAAAAAAAAAAAAGACAGAAAUGAUGUAAGAAUGGAGAGUCUUUUCACAAGUGUUACAUUUCUUUGUGUGACAGCUGUAUUUAUGGGGACUCGUCUCCAUA